CCCGAUCUCGGUAUCUCCCUCAUGGCGUGAACAGCAACACGUUCAGUCCGCUCCCUUCCCUCGGACCUUUCCCGCUCAUCAUUCCAACUGCAUGACAGCAUACCCCUCACAAUGAGCGCCUCACGAGUCGGUCGAGCCGGGCUCAAAUCGGCCAAGGGAGCAGCCUCAGCAGCAGCAGCUCCGCGCCCCAGCCCAAAGCACAAGUUGCAACCUCCAUCAGGAACCACCCCUACGCUCUCCAAACGCGCCAACCCCCUCCUCACCAACUUCCACAACCACCCCCCCUCGACCACCACCCUCCUCACCCCGCGCAUGAUGACAAUCAUGGGCGUCAGCAUCCUCGGCAUAAGUACCUACAUUGGCUACCUCUACGCCUCCUACACCCGCGAAGUGACACACUCGCAAUCCCUCGCCGUCUCCUCCGACGUGACCGACCGCUACAACCGCACUGCGCGCACCUUCGACGCGGACGUCAACAUGUCCGAAACUCUCAUGCGACUCGGCAGCAAGCGGCGGGAGCUAGUACAGCGCGCGCGCGGUGACGUUUUGGAAGUUAGCUGCGGCACGGGGCGGAAUAUCGAGUACUAUGAUUUUGAGCCGCGACGGGGACUGGUCGAUGAGAAGAAAGGGGUGGUUGGGAUGCGGGGGUGCCAGAGCGUGACGUUUGUGGAUCUGAGUCCGCAGAUGGUGGAGAUUGCAGAACAGAAAUUCAAGGAGGUGCAUCCGGAGCUGGUGAGGAGUGGAAGGGUGGAGUUCCGCGUGCAGGAUGCGGCGCAGGUGACGCCGCCGAGUCAGAAACUCACAAAUACGAAACAACGGCAGAGGGGGUGUUUUGAUACGGUGGUGCAGACAAUGGGGUUGUGCUCGUUGCCGGAUCCGGUGGGGACGCUGAGGCAUUUGGGGACGCUGGUUGAGCCGCAGAGAGGGGAGAUUUUGUUGCUGGAGCAUGGUCGUUCGUAUUAUGGUUGGUUGAAUCGCGUGCUGGACAAUCUGGCGCCCGCGCAUGCGGAUCGUCAUGGGUGUUGGUGGAAUCGCGAUAUUGGGGAGAUUGUGAGGGAGAGUGGGUUGGAGGUUGUGGAGGAGAAACGGUGGCAUUUUGGGACGACGUGGAAGUAUGUCCUAAGACCGCCGAGGAAGGCGGCGUGUGAAAAAUAAAGGGUUGGUAGGAAGAGCCUCUUGGGAAGGAUACUUCAACGGUGAUUAUGAUUGAGACUGUGAAUUUGGAUGUACGAUACUAUAUGUAUGUAUGUGGUUCUUGGGUGGAGUUACGCG